UCAGGAAGUUGCCCGAGAGCAGCCGGUGAAAAUGUCAACGUUCAUCCUAACAUUCAUACGGCAUGGCGAGACGCAGUACAACAGAGACAAGCUUCUACAAGGUCAGGGAGUGGACAUGCCUCUGUCAGAAACAGGUGUGCAGCAGGGAGAAGCCGUGGGAAAAUACCUCAGAGACGUCAAGUUCUCCAAAGUCUAUGUUAGUAACCUGCAGCGAGCUGUACAGACGGCAGAGCUAAUCCUGAAGAACAACACUCACUGUUCUGGAAUGGAGAUGGUUUCAGAGCCUUUACUCAGAGAACGGGGUUUUGGUGUCGCUGAAGGACGUCACAAAGAAGACCUGAAGAACAUGGCGAACGCUGCCGGUCAGUCAUGCCGUGAUUACACGCCUCCAGGAGGAGAAACUUUAGACCAGGUGAAGCUGAGAUUCAAAAAUUUUCUACAAGCCCUUUUUAAAGAAAUGCUGGAUAUGAGUGGCUCCUCAGGACAGGAAACUCCCUCAGUGGCACUUUCUGCAGAAGACGCCGCAAUGGCCAGCGGCGAUCUCCAGGGGGCAUCGGCCCAUGUUCUGGUGGUAAGCCAUGGCGCUUACAUCCGGGUGGCCAUUAGGCACCUGGUGGAGGACUUAAAGUGCAGCCUGCCUGCUGGAGUGAAGAUGUCACAGCUGUUUUCGCCUUGUCCCAACACGGGGAUCAGCCGCUUCGUUAUCACUCUGAGCCGAACCGAGUCAGGUCCGGUGCUUUCUGCCGCUCGCUGUCUAUUCACCAACAGAAAAGACCACCUGGAAAAGCUACAAGAACCGGAGUAGGAGACGAAUGACAGAGUAGGACCUCAGCAGUGGCACAGGAAACUCAAAUCAACAGUGUUUUCUUAAUAAUCAGCAUGAAAAUCACUUAGAAUCACUGUAUUAAACUAGUUCCUUCACACAUUACAGAGGGACGUAUUUCAUUUAUAAACAGGUAAUUUAGUUACCUCUUUUAUAACUUGAUACCAAAGUAGAGCCUAUUUAUUCCGUCUUUGUGUGCAGAUAUUCUUUAUUGUGCUGUGCAAUAAAAGUUGGAGCACUGAAUUGUGAAUUAGGGUAAAACCUUCUGUAAAACAGACUUUGUGUAAAGACACUAUAAAUGGGUAUAUCUGUGAAGAUUCUCAGUCAUCCAUCACUAUAAAUGGGUGAAAGGUGUGGCUGUAAUUUUUGUUUAUUGGGUAUUAAAUGAUUAGUUUUGGUGAACUGAAAAGCUUUAUAAGCUGAAAGCUUACAUUAAAACCUGACCUCAUUGUCUUGAAGACAAAAUGACUAAAGUAUUCCCAUCAUUGGGCAUAAAUUUGACUUUCAGCUCUAAGAAAAUGGUUUAAGACAUGUUUGAUUAUUUUAAGAGUUAAGCUGCUUUUCGUUCAUUGUCCUGAUUCUGUACGACUGUCGAUGCUCAUUGUAGAAAUUCGUAUUAAGCCUUAAAUAUAAAUUGUGUUUACUGCUUAAGCAGUAUAAUCAUAAGGUAUAAGAAACAAAAAAAAUCUAACUUUUAAAUUGAGUGCAUUUAUUCAGCAGGAGAAUAAAUAAACAAGAGAUUUAUUUUUCACAGUAGAUGCAGCCAUACAUAAAAGCUUCAAGCAGUAAAAAGUAUUUGAUGUAGUUUAAGGAAAAAAAAAAAACAACCUAAAACUUUAACCCCGAAAUAAAAAGACAUAAAAGUACCAGGCAUCUUUAAAAAAAAAACAAUUUUUAUAGAUUUUUUUUCAGGAUUACAGUAGAUUGCUGUGCCUAGCACAUAUGUUAAAAAAUAAAAGGAACAAAAACAAUUAGCAACAAACUACAAAAGUUUUUUCUCCUUAUUUUACAGAGGAAUCGACAUAAUGUAUGAAGCACGCGCCUGCAGUCAAGCUCAGGAAUCAGGCUUUCUGCUAUACAUUCAAACAUAAAAGGACAUAUUCCUUACCUUCACUUAAAAGAAAAAUUAAACAAAGGGACAUGUACAAUCUGCCGAUGAUCCAGUGAGGUUUUGUUCAAGAAGUAAAAACUAAAUCUAGCAUGAAAGAAAACAAUACGGCUAAACUUUUAAGUGUUUUUCUCAGUCUGGUCCUAAAUUAUUCUUAACUUGCAUCCAAAUAUCGAAGUUGUUCUUUCCGUGUCCUGAUCUAUGAUUUUGAAACCAAACCUGACUCUGAGCUGGUUAGUUUUUCCAGAAUGAGUUACCAUGGUGACAGAUUAAGCUCAGAAUCAAAGCUGUAUAACACUUCUGGCCCAUAGGAUGUUUUGGUUGCCUUUGUUUCCCCGAUACGAUUUAUAGUUUUAGUAGCUGAGAUGCUACAUGUAUCAGAACAUUUAUGAGAGUUAAAUUAUAAUGUGAAAAAAGUUGGUAAAAUGUGAUUAUACUUCAUCUGAAUAGAAUUACAUGUUGGUGUGAUGUCAUUCAGCUCCACCAUAAAUCUGCUAAUUCUCAAAUUGGUGCUGUUUGAGUCGCUGCAUUAAAAGACGUUUACUCUCCCACCAUGUUUUCCUAAAGGGGAACGCCGUUUUUUUUUU